AUGGACCUGAGGUGUGCCUGGAUGCUCUGCGUGCUCGGCCUCGUCCCCACCGCCCGAGCCUUUACCCAGGAACGCUUCAAGGAGGCGGUGCUGAAGCAGCUGGGGCUGUCCGAGGUGCCUAAACUCCAUUCGGGAGACUUGGUGGAUGUGGUUAUCCCAGAGCACGUCAAGAACAAGUACAUGUCCAUGCUGAAGCGGCAGAGGGUGAAGCGCCGAGCCCUGCCCAGCCUGGCUGGCAUCCUCAGGGGCAUCCCGGGGCACACAGGGGAAGUCCUCUACUCCGACACAACCACACGCCAGAGGCUGAUGUUCGACAUGGAAGGCAGAAUACCCAAAAACAGUGAAGUGACGAUGGCUGAACUGAAACUCUUCAAGAAGCCUGUGGACAGGGCAAAGCUGCCUGCCAGGCAGUCCCACAGGCCCGUCUCUAACGCCAGAGUCAGCGUGUACUGGGUGCAGCAGCAGCAUGACGGCACCAACAGCACCUCCCUGAUAGAUUCCAGGCUGGUUCCUAUCCGUGAGUCGGGCUGGAAGAGCUUUGAUGUGACCCAGGCCGUGCAUUACUGGCUGCGGAGCGAGGGGCGGGGGCCGAUGCUGCUGGAGGUGCGGAUCGAAGGGGAGAGGCCGGGCAGCCACGCCUCGGAAAUGGCCAGAGCCGUGCGCUUCACCUCGCAGCACCCCGGGGACAAAGCCCUGGGCAAGCCCGAGCUGGUGCUCUACACCCUCGACUUGGAUGACUACGGGAGCUCCGGGGACUGCAGGGAGGAGGCGUUGCUGGGGAAAUCCACCUGCUGCCGGCAGCAGCACUACAUCAGCCUGCGGGACGUGCCCUGGGUGCUGGAGCCGGCGGGGUUCCAGGCGUUCCGCUGCUCCGGGCCCUGCCGGCAGCCGCCGCGCCGCCCCGGCUCCGGGCCGCGCUCCUGCGCCGCGGCCGCCAGCUCGGCGCUGCCCAUCAUCUACCUCGUCAGGAGGGGCAACCACACCGAGGUUGAGGCGGCCGAGCUGCCCAACAUGAUCGUGGAGAGGUGCAGCUGUGUGGCGGACGGUGUGGCGCUGGUGUGA